ACACACAGACAAACAGCAGUAGUCUGAGGUGGGCGUGGCACGUGCUGCCGGCGGGUCCCAUCACUCCCGUCUCCCGUCUCGUGCAUAGCCGGCCAACAGAGGGCAGAAUUCGUCACGGGCGUACAGAUUGAAAACAACCACCUGACAACUACCCACCCCCAACCCCACGUGUUUUGGUCGUUUUGGAAUGUUCCAGGCGCUCAGCACAAUGCAACAAACCCUGAUGCAACCCUUGCAGUCGCUUGCAGUAGGGACGCUUGCAGUUUUUGUUACAGCCAUUUGCAUUGAAGACCUGAGCACGCUGAGACAGAGUGAGAGAGGCCUGACGAAAUUUUUGUUUUUCACCUUUGAGUUCGAUUAAAUUGGGGAAAAUGGUUAUAAUAGUUGAAUUUCCUGCCGUUGAAAAUGCCGAAACGUGGUUUGAAUUGUGGAAGGGUGCUGGAGACAAGCAAUACCGAUUAAAGGAGUAUGAUAAUGCCUAUUUCUGCUACGGCGAGGCAUUAGGUUACUGUCCAAACGAUCUUGACUGUCUUAAAAGAAGAUUUGAUCUCCUUAUGAGAGAGAAUAAUUACGAUGAUUGCGCAAAGGCUUUGACUGCUGGAAGGAGAAUAAUGGAGUUGGAUCCUUCUUGCUUUAAGUGCCUUAUCUGCAUAGCCAAGUGCUACGUCCAUCUUGGGGAUGUCGUGUCGGCUGAGGAUGCUGUUGAGCAGGCCGUCAAUAUUGAGCCUGAUAGCCCUGCCUUCAAAAAGUUAAGAAACGACAUCGAGAUGAUAAGAGACUGUACUGAGCAAGCAAAAACGGCUCAAAAUAAGGGUGCCCACAAAGAGGUACUGAAUUUGACAAAUCGCGGUUUGGCUAUUGCUCCCUUUUCAAUAGAACUAAAACUCUUGAAAGCUGAAUCAUUGGUGUACCGAGGUGACCCAGCCGAAGGUUUUAAGCUCUCGUCAGAUGCUCUCAACUGUGACCAAAAUAACAGGCAUGCGGCCUACGUCCAAGGUCUCAGUCUCUAUUAUCUGUCAGAGUUGAAAACUUCCAAGCAACUAACUCUGAGGGUUUUGAAAGAAGAGGAUGAGGAAGCCCCGACUUAUAAAAAAGCAAAGAAACUCUAUAAAACUAUCGAGAAGAUUCAGCGACAUAUCGGCGACGGAAAUAAGCAUAUCGAAGAAAAGCAGUUUGUGGAGGCGAGGGACUUGUUCAAACAAGCUUUGAAUAUCGACCCUUCAAACAAGAUGCUGAAUUCUAAGCUGCAUUAUACCCUCGCUGAUAUCUGGAUCCACCAAAAACACCUGGAACGUGCAUAUGACAGUUGCUCUCGUGCCUUAAAGCUGGAUCCCAAGAACAAGAAAGCGCAGAAACUGCGAGCUAGGCUACUCGGAGAAUAAAGUGAGCUAGUUGGACUUCAAAACUAUAAACGAAAUUGACCAGUGCGUGGACGUGGAAAACAAAAACCUUACAAACGAUGCUCAAGUAAUAUGUGGGAUUGGUGUAUAGAUAAACAAUUGCUACCAUAAAGUAUUAGGAUUGACGAGUGAUGUUACUUGGAUGUUCAAAAUGCGUUUAAAUAGCUAGUUCAGGAGAUUUUCCCAAUAAAAUCAUAAAGAAAUUUUGUAAAUUAAAAAUGAAGGAGCAAUCAAGUUCACUCAAAGAAGCUAGGCUAGCGUGUUCUCUCUUAAUGGCACUCAGAGAAAACCAGUUCGUGUUCAAGAUCAUUUUAAACGUAUGGCAGCAGAAGAUCCUCUCACAAUAUUAAGUUUCCAUUGAUCUUCAGUGAAGCAAAUGCGCUUCAGUUAGGAUUAACUAAAACUUAUUUGUAAACCAAAAGUUUAAAUUUAAAUAUAUUUGUUUUGCAAUUCCUUCA